UAUGUCUCAGUGACCAUUGAUCAGAUUUUAUUCUGUCAUUUAUUUAACUUGUUUGUUUAAUUUAAUUUUGGCCUUAAGAUUUCUAAUGUAUUCUAUUUUUAAUAAAAUUUGUAAAUGCUUUAAAGAUGUCCACGAUUAUUAAAUUUGAUCUUAAAGAAUUACGGAAACUGGGAAACGAUAAAAACUCAUGUGUUAUUGAAAAAAAAGUUACUCAGAAUCUAGCACUGCAGCCGUGGUGUCUUGGAAAUUUAAAAGAAUCUAUUAAAAAUUUGCUAGAUUACAAAAUUGGAAAAUACGAUAAAGAUUAUAUUUAUUUCAGGUUUAAUGGAAUUUUAUUAAGUUAUAAAAAUUUAAAGAUUCUACAAAAUGUUGGUUCAAUAAGAAAUGACAAUGCGGAUAUUCAUUUCCAAGUUCAAGCUGACUAUUUUAUUUUUCGGCCUCAUGUUGGAGCUACUUUAAAAGGAAUUGUUAAUAAAAAGAGUCCCACUCACUUAGGAAUACUUGUACACAGAGUAUUCAAUGUUGUUAUACCCAGACCAACAGAAGAACCUGGAAAUAAGUGGAUAGGAGAGUCUGUUCAGGAGGGUCAACAGAUCAUAUUCCGAGUAGUAGUAUUAGAUCUAUAUGGAGCACUGCCUUACAUUAGAGGAGAAUUGGAUGAAGGGUCAAUACAGUUUGAACCUGAUGGUGAUGAUGAAGAUUAUGAAUCAAAGCCAGCUCAGGGAAUAAAUGUGACGCAUGUCAACUUUGAUAAAACUAAACCUUACCAUCAGAGGCAAAUUGGUGAUGGAUUACCAGAGACUUCUAAAAAUAUUCAAAACAAUGGUAUUAAAAGCAAACAAAAACCAAAAAUUAACUCCCUUUCUCCAGAAAAAUACACAGACCAGACAAAUAACAAGUCUAAUCCAAAAAAAUCAAAAAAAGUUGACAGUGACACGAGUACCUCAGAGAAAAGUAAGACUAAAAGACAAAGUAAAAUAUUAGACUCAGAUAUAAAACAGCCUGAAUCAAGCUCAAAACAGCCGAAAAAACACAAAAGAGAUAUUUGAUUAUUAGUUCAUUAUAUUUUUAUUAAAAAAAAAUAUUUUUUUUCAAUAUACAACAAUAAGUAUACAAUUAUUGUUUUUAUUCUUAGUAGGGUUACUAUGUUUUGUACUAACUAAUGUAAGCUUAGUAUGAAAAUUAAUAUGAGUUUGAAUCCAUAGGUGGUAGAAUGUAGCUUGCAUUACUCCAAUGGUAGAAACUUAUAGACCAAGUUUGCUGUAUGUGAUUUGUUCAGUAUGUGGCAAGGUUCUUUUCUCUCAAAAAUGGUCCAAGCUAAUAGUGUAAAAAGUAAACACAUGGAUAAAUAUCACAGGCUACUUAGACCACUAUGUUAUCAAGAUAAUUCCAACACAAAAUGCAGUAUAAUUCUUAAAAUGUCGAAAAUAAAAAAUCCUGAAAUUAAUUAAAUAGAGAUGUCUGUAAUAAUUGAAGCCCAUUGUUGCGGCAUUCAAUCCUCUUGCUACCCAUAAUCACAUAUGGACCCUAGAAAGAAGUAAUUCCAUCAAAAACAUAAAUGUAAAAUAAUAGCCGAGUUAAAUAUUAUGAUAUAUGCCUUGAUUGUUGACUUCUAUGACAAUAGAGGUGAGAUCUAAAUGGGUGCCAAGUUCAAUGGUCUGUCCUGA